CAUUUGAAUCGAUCACAUAAAUAUAAUCAAGAGUUUUUUUGAAAAAAAUGGAUUCUGAUAUUAACUAUAACAAUAUAUUGAACGCUUAUCUUUGUGCCGAGAACAAAUUAGUAAAAGAGAAAGUAGAUGUAGAUGAAAAGUUUACCGCUUGGCGGCAGCAAGCUAUUCUUAUUCCACAUUUAGUAGAAAAGGGCGCCUUUCAAAAUGACUUUAUGGAAAGGCAUUGUUCUCGUCGUGCUUGCUUUAUCGAUGAUAGUGAAUUCAUAAAGAAACGCUUGCAAGGUGUAGAAACAUUGCUUAAUAAGACGAAACAAAACGUCAGCCUUAGAAAGAUGACUUCUAGUGAUAUGCCGGAUAUCGAUAAAAUUAAAUUUCCACCAAAAGAGGAGUUAUUGGAUUUCGCACAACAGGACAGAGAAAGGCCUUCAACUUCCUCGUCAACUUGUGAUAUAUCACAAACCAAUGUAGAAGAGGAAGAACGGCCACGAAAAAUAAGUCGAAUGCAAGCAUUUGCACAAACGGAUUCGUGUGAUAAACCCCCCUUUCGUACUGCCCUUGAUGUAUUCUUAUCACAAAAUGGGAAGAAAUGCGAUAAAAAUGAUGUUAACAGCGGAGUGCGGAGAAAUACUGGGAAAACCGAUUUUAAUUUCGCACCACCAAAAAAAUCUCUUGGAACAGCGUUAGGGCGUUAUGCAAACGCCAGUAAAAAAGGUUUCGUACCUCCAGUGCGAACUACAAACACCACAAACACGAAAGAGAAUGAAAAUAAACAUGAAACUUUGAAUCCGGAGCUGUCCGCUCUAAAGGAUCAUCCGGCAUUAAAAAACAUUGAUAUGAAAAUAGUUGAGAUGGUAACUAAUGAAAUUAUUCAUGAACUAAAAUCCAUUGAUUGGUGUGAUAUUGCGGGCUUAGACUAUGCAAAGUCAAUUAUAAAAGAAGCGGUGGUAUAUCCGCUUCUUCGUCCUGACAUUUUUACUGGUUUGCGCAGGCCACCGCGCGGCAUCUUGCUUUUCGGUCCGCCCGGCACCGGCAAAACAUUAAUUGGUAAAUGCAUAGCGUCGCAAGCGAAAGCGACGUUUUUCAGCAUUAGUUCCUCAUCCUUGACAUCCAAAUGGAUAGGUGAAAGUGAGAAAUUGGUGAGAGCUUUAUUUGCUGUUGCUGAAGCACGUCAGCCUUCAGUGAUAUUUAUUGAUGAGGUAGAUUCUAUGCUUUGUCAACGCUCGGAUUCCGAAAAUGAAGCUUACCGUCGAAUGAAGACGGAAUUUCUGGUAAGAUUAGAUGGUGCGAGUACUUCAGAUGACGACCGUGUUCUCGUUGUUGGCGCCACCAAUAGACCGCAGGAACUUGAUGAAGCUGUGCGCCGACGUUUUGUUAAACGUUUAUACAUACCUCUACCUGAGCUUGAAGCUCGAAUCAAUAUACUUAAGAACCUUUUAAAAACUGUAAAAAAUAGCUUAAAUUUUGAUGACCUAAACAAAGUUGCUACAUUGGCAGAAGGUUACUCAGGUGCUGACAUGGACAGCUUAUGCCGCGAGGCUUCCAUGCAACCAUUGCGUUCGAUACCGCCGGAAUCGAUUAUGACCUUCAACAUGGAAAAUCUGCGUUGCGUGGAUAUCAACGAUUUUUAUAGCGCUUUAAAGAAAAUACGACCCAGUGUUUCUCAACAAGAUUUGCAACAAUAUCUCGAUUGGAAUAAAAUUUAUGGUUCGAGUUCCUGAAAUCUGUUUUAGUUUAAUAUCGUCUUCAUUUAUGUAU